AUGGGACCGAAACUGCUUCUACGUGCCGGCCAGUACCGUCCGGCCGCGUCGAUUUUACGGCAAAAUGCAUUGCGACCGCUGGCGCCCCGACGAAUGUUGAUGGGCCCUAUUUUCCGCGCUGCAAAGUCUGGUAUAACCCUCGCCGCUGGAGCAACCGCGGGAGGAGCGGCCUAUAUCAACUACAAGGUCCAGCAGACCGGGUCCGCAGUUAGCGAGAAGUUUGACCAGGUGUCCGAGUGGGUUUCAGACCGCUGGGAUUCCGUGUCCGACGUCUUCAAAGAAGCCAAUGAGCGUUUCCAGAGUCAGACCCACGACGACAAGGGCCAGUCGAUUUUCCAAUCUUCCGAGGGCGGCGACGGUAAGGGCGAAAAAAAUGGCAGCCAGAGCAGUGGCGAUGGUGCCAGUAGCGGAGGUAGCGAUGGUGGAGGAGGCGACAUUGCCGUUGCUGCCGUAGCCGCGGUGGCUGCUAACGAUGAAGAUGACACCAUGGUAAUACUGACCCGCAAAAUGAUCGAAGUGCGAAACCUCCUUUUGCAAAUUGACAAGCAAGAAACCCUGCGCCUCCCGUCAAUUGUUGUUAUCGGAAGCCAGUCCAGUGGAAAAUCGUCGGUGCUGGAGGCGAUCGUUGGCCACGAGUUUUUGCCCAAGGGCGGGAACAUGGUCACUCGACGCCCCAUUGAGCUUACUCUCAUUCAUUCACCAGAGUCUGCGUCCGAGUACUGUGACUUCCCCGAGCUUCGGCUGGGCAAAAUCACCGACUUCUCUCACGUGCAAAGAACCCUGACUGAGCUCAAUAUGGCUGUGCCAGCGGAAGAAGUCGUCAGUGAUGACCCAAUUUUGCUCACGAUUUAUUCUCCUCAUGUGCCCGACUUGACGUUGAUCGAUUUGCCGGGCUAUAUUCAGGUGGUCGCUGCUGGCCAGCCGCACUCGCUCAAAACUCGAAUUGCCGACUUGUGUGAUAAAUACAUCAACGCACCUAACGUGAUUUUGGCUAUAUCGGCUGCUGAUGUCGACCUGGCUAAUUCAACCGCCUUAAGGGCGAGCCGCAGAGUUGAUCCUCGGGGUGAGCGCACUAUUGGCGUCAUCACCAAGAUGGAUCUCGUGGACCCAGAGCGGGGCUAUGAUUUGCUAACAAACCAGGAGUAUCCAUUGCAAAUGGGAUAUGUUGGUGUGAUCACAAAGACCCCGUUGCACCUCGGAUUUUCUAACCGUCACAGCAAUAUGACCCAGAGUGUUGCUCUGGAUGAAGAACGCUACUUUAGCCAAUAUGCCGAGUUUACAAAUUUGCAGACCGGCGUACUGACCCUUCGCCGCAAACUUAUGUCUGUUUUGGAGACUACAAUGGCCCGAAGCCUUGUCCCGACGACCCAGGCAAUUCGUCGCGAGCUCGAAGAGAGUGCUUACAAGUUCAAGGUCGAGUAUAACGACCGCUCUCUUACCCCCCAAUCGUAUUUGGCCCAGAGCAUUGAUGCAUUCAAGCUUUCAUUCAAAGAUUUAACCGCUCAGUUCGGGCGAGAGCAGGUCCGCCAGCUGGUAAAGGCUGCCUUGGAUCAGAGGGUGCUGGAUACUCUAGCGCAAAAUUAUUGGAAUCUUCCUCCUGAGUUGGAGUCGGCGACUCCUAAUGUGUUGGACAACGUGCCGUUAAGCAGUUUGUCUUCCAGUUCCAUGGCGAACAUGGGGUAUUGGCAAACCAAGUUGGACAACUCCACGGCGAGUUUGACCAAACUGGGUAUUGGUCGUCUUUCAGCUCAAUUACUUGCUGACACCAUUUCCCUCGAAGUCAGGGGAGUUGUUGACAAAACACCGUUCCGGAAGCAUCCGCUAGCCGUCCAGGCGGUUGAGAGAGCAGUUACCAACAUCCUGGAGCCCCGUCUAUUUUCGACCGCCGACCAAGUUGAGAACUCCAUCAAGCCCUUCAAGUACGAAGUCGAGAUUGAUGACCGAGAGUGGGCACAGUCCCGUGAACACUCGUACAAUUUGCUCAAGGAGGAGCUUCGCCAGGCUACGGUUGCCUUCAAUCGCCUGAAAGAUAUGGUGGGCAGUUCCAAGCUCAACUCUGUGUUACAGUACCUGGACUCUAGGCAAAGAAUGGCGGCAGAAGGCAGACUUGCACCUGCAGACGCCUUUGGAUUCUCGCCAGCUCUGUUGGAUACCGGCAAAGAAGCAAGGUUCCUCCAGAUCCGCUGCGACGAGCUUCGGAUGCGCAUGGCUGCUGUCAAGUCCAAGCGGUGCAUUUCACGCGAAAACAAGUACCAGUGCCCCGAGAUCUUCCUUGACGUUGUUGCAGACAAGCUGACGGCAACGGCCGUUUUGUUUUUGAAUUUCGAGCUGCUCAGCGACUUUUAUUAUUCUUUCCCUCGCGAGCUGGACAGCCAGAUUUCGGCGCUAAGCGAAAAGCAGAUCCAGGAACUUGCGGAACAGGAUCCCCAAAUUAGAGAACAGAUCAACCUUCAAAGACGUCGUGAUUUGCUCAAGCUUGCUCUGGCCAAAAUCCAAACUGUCACCGAAAUGACCCACUCAUCGGCCUCCAAACGUUAA